GUCACGGUUUGGAGGCAGAGAAAUGUAGCAGAACAGCAUUAUUGCUCAUCUCUCUCCUUGCAACCUGUGGCUGGAAUCUCUUCAUCGUACGAACGGAAAUCCAGACGACACCUGGUCUGUUAAAAGGGGAAGUGGAACGUAGGGGUCUACAGCCUGAGAUGAUCAUUUAGAAAGAUUUUUGAUUAAAAAAAUAAAUGCUGUCCAGUGAGUUUGGCUGUAAAUCAGACAGGAUUUGAAGAGGUGUGGAGAAUUGGGUUGUUAUAGCUGGACACUGAAGGACAAGAGAUAGUGACAACGUAGGAUGGCUUUGAGUGGAGCUCAGGGAUCCUUGGGGAAAGACAUGGUGAAUUAUAGAGGUUGGUGACCAAUCUUCUCGACCUGAAGACCCCACCACAAGUUAUUACUUAUCUGUCGCCGUUAUGGCCAGGAAUACAGCUCUGUACUUCAGGCUUGUUGAAGGAAAGAACCUGCCAGCUAAAGACGUGUCUGGAUCCAGUGACCCUUACUGCAUUGUUAAGGUGGAUAAUGAAGUUGUGGCACGCACAGCCACUGUUUGGAGGGACUUGAACCCAUUUUGGGGUGAGGAGUUCACCUUGCACCUCCCUCUUGGCUUUCACACACUGUCCUUCUAUGUGAUGGAUGAAGACACAAUUGGGCAUGAUGAUGUAAUUGGCAAGAUUUCUCUCACCAAGGAACAAAUUGCAUCACAACCUCGAGGUAUUGACAGUUGGAUUAACCUGAACCAAGUGGAUCCUGAUGAAGAAGUCCAGGGGGAGAUAUAUCUUGAGUUACAUAUAAUGCAAGACCAGCAUAAAAGCAACUUGCACUGCCAUGUUCUAGAGGCCAGAGACCUUGCACCCCGAGACAUUUCUGGAACCUCUGACCCCUUUGUCCGAAUUUUCUGCAAUAACCAGACCUUGGAAACGUCUGUAAUUAAAAGGACACGUUUCCCUCGAUGGAAUGAGGUGUUGGAAUUUGACCUGCGAGGGAUUGAUGACAUGGAUCCUGCAGAUCAAGUGAUUAGCAUUGAGGUUUGGGACUGGGACAUGGUUGGAAAGAAUGACUUCCUGGGUCGUGUUUGUUUCCCCUUGGAGCCUCUGCACAGAAAUCCUGCAGUGACUGGCUGGUUCCGUCUCUUGCCUUUUGGAAACAUGGAGGAGGAGAACGGAGGGAAGCUUGGGUCUUUACGGGUCAAGGUGAACUUGUCCGAGGAAAGAAUCCUGCCCUCAGUUUACUAUCAAACUCUUAUCCAGCUGCUUGUGGAGUCUGUUCGGUCCAAUGACCAGGGUGACUGCAGUUUGAUAGCUCUCCUGGAGGAAAUGUGUUCAGCAGAGAGCCGACAAGAAGUGGCCGUAAAGCUGGUGAAGAUAUUCCUGGGGCAAGGGCUGGCUGUCCCCUUCCUCGACAAACUAAACAUGAGAGAAGUGAACCACACUAAUGACCCAAACACGCUUUUUCGAUCAAACUCCCUUGCUUCAAAGUCCAUGGAGCAGUAUAUGAAGAUAGUUGGAAUGCCAUACCUACAUGAGGUUCUUCGACCCAUCAUUUCCAGGAUCUUUGAAGAGAAGAGAUAUGUUGAACUUGAUCCCUGUAAAAUCGAUCUGAACCGCAGCAGGCGAAUCUCCUUUAAAGGCUCAGUGUCUGAGCAGCAAAUCCGGGAGAGCAGUGUGGAAUCUCUUCGAGGCUACCUUAGCGAUAUAAUUGACUCCAUCCUUGGCUCAGUAGAACAGUGUCCACCAGGCAUGCGUCUCUGCUUCAAGCAACUGCACAAGAGAGUGGAGGAACGUUUUCCUGGACCCACCAAUCAGGAUGUGAAGUAUGCUGCCAUCAGUGGAUUCUUAUUCCUGCGGUUUUUCGCUCCUGCCAUCCUCACUCCCAAGCUUUUCCACCUUAGAGAGCAUCAUGCCGAUCCCCGCACAGCUCGCACCUUGCUCCUGCUUGCCAAGGCAGUACAGAGUAUUGGUAAUCUGGGGCAACAGUUGGGCUACGGAAAGGAACAGUGGAUGUCCCCUUUACAUCCUUUGAUUCAGCAGAGUGUGGCCCGUUUGAGAGAUUUCUUGGACAGACUCAUAGACACAGACUGUGAUGCAGAAUGUGCUCAGAUGUCUCGCACGCUCUUCCACCCUUCAGUCACUAUAAAGGAGGGAUUCCUACACAAGAGGAAAGCUGAAGCUGUGAACCUUGUGACUCGGUUCACUUUCAAGAAGAGAUAUUUCUGGCUUAGCAGCCAGACCUUCUCCUAUUCAAAAUCCCCGGACUGGCAGGUUCGCUCUUCUAUCCCUGUACAUCGAAUCUGUGCGGUGGAAAGAGUGGAUGAGAAUGCUUUCCAGCAGCCAAAUAUGAUGCAGAUUAUCACCCAGGACAAUGAAUCACAAGGAGGAGGACACAUAAUGUAUAUACAGUGCAAGAAUGUAAAUGAGCUCAAUCAGUGGCUCUCUGCCCUGAGAAAGGUCAGUCUCAGUAACCAGCGCCUUCUGCCAACCUACCACCCCGGGGCUUAUCGAAAUGCACACUGGACAUGCUGUCUGCAGCACGACCGUACAGUGCGUGGCUGCAGUCGGACACACUUGGCAGUGACUCUGGGUGACUGGAGUGACCCCCUGGAUCCAGAUGCUGAGGCACAAGUACUUUAUCGUCACUUGCUAAUGGCAAAGGACAUGCUCAGGACUAAAUACCUUGAAGGUACAGAGAGUGCAACUUCUGUGAAGCAAGAUGCCAGAGGUCACACUGAGAAGACCCGUGAAGGUGCCAUAGUCUCAUCCCAAGCAAGGUGUCUACUGUCUGCCAUUGAGGAACUAGAAAGGGCUCAUCAAGCAUUUGAAAAGAGAGAGAGGGAAGAGACUCCUAACCACAGCCACUGCAUCUAGUUACCUAUGGGGCAGCUUCAUCCUGUGCUUUAAACGUUACCACUGUAGGGACUUGGAAAUGUAUUCCACUUAAUUUUUGUAUGGUUCUUCAGCAUAAAUUAAAUAAAAAAGAAAUGUAAGAAA